AUGAGCACCUCGUCGUCUCCCAGACCAACCCGCCGAAGAAGAGGCUCCUCGGUCGGAAAUAUCAAUGUGGGUGAUACCUCAGCCCCAGGGUUCUCUACUAUGAAACUCACAGCUUCGCAAAGACAGAAGCUGAACCAACGGGUGAGAGCUUUGAGUGACGAAUCCAGAACUGAUGUGGCCAUUGUACGCAAAAUGUUCGUGGCUUUCAAGGAAUUGAGUUUUAGGCAUACAUGGAUUAAUCCAUUUAUUGUCUUGAGUGUAUUCUUCGUGGCAUACCUUGGUACGAACGAUGAUAGCUCCAUCCAUCAAACCUUGGAGAAACUAAUCAAGCCCUCCUACCAUAUCGAGGGUACGGACCAGUAUGGAAAAGGCGUGAAUGAUUUUUAUUUCGUUGGAUUCUACGCACUUUUCUUUACAUUUUUCAGGGAAUUUAUGAUGUGUGUGGUAUUGAGGCCGCUCGCUGGAUUAUUGGGUGUUACGAGACCACAUAAAGUCAACAGGUUCAUGGAACAAAGUUAUGCGAUGUUCUAUUACGGUCUUUCUGGUCCAUAUGGGCUUUAUGUUAUGAGCACAAUGCCGCUUUGGUUUUUUGAAACCACUCCUUUGUAUGAAAAUUACCCUCACAAAACUCAUGAUUGGCUUUUCAAGGUCUACUACCUUGGGCAAGCGGCAUUUUGGGUUCAACAAUCUGUUGUUCUAGUUUUACAACUCGAAAAGCCCAGAAAAGACUUUCAUGAACUAAUUCUUCAUCACAUCAUUACAAUCGCUCUCAUCUGGUUGUCGUAUCGUUUUCAUUUUACAUGGAUGGGUAUCGAGAUUUACGUGACUAUGGACGUUUCAGAUUUUUUCUUGGCUACUUCCAAAACAUUGAACUAUCUAGACUCGAUUCUCACGGGGCCAUUUUUGGUUGGAUUCGUCUUCAUUUGGAUAUAUCUCAGACAUUAUAUCAACCUUAGGAUUUUGUGGUCCGUGUUGACUGAAUUUAGGACUGUCGGAGAGUGGGAGUUAAACUGGGAUACUCAACAAUAUAAGUGUUGGAUUUCUCAACCAAUUGUUUUUGGCUUGAUUUUUGCAUUACAAAUCCUCAAUGCGUAUUGGUUGUUCCUUAUUUUGAGAAUUUUGUAUCGAUAUGUUGUUGGCGGAGUAAAGGCAGACGAAAGAAGUGAAUCUGAAGAUGAAGAGGAUGAAGAAAUCCUGAAGGAUAAGUCGGAAUAA